GCUUCUGCCAGGUGUGAGCGCGGGUGCGUUAAUUGGCUACUGACGGUGGGUGGACGCUCAUCUCGCAGCAUCCCUUGUGGGACAGGACUGUUGGGAAGCAGUGGAGGGAGGAGGAGGCGCUCGGCUUUCUUUGAAACAGUUAUAAGUGCUGGUCAAAUGUCAUCCUGGUUAAACCAUGAAACGACAAGAACAUAUCAAAUUCCUAUUGAUCAUCUGGACUACAAAUUCAUUGAAAAAUGCACCGAUGUUAAGUAUUUAGAAAAGAUUCUCAAGAUAUUAAGGUCGGGUGAAGAAGGGUUUUUCCCUCAACUUACUUUAUUUUGUGAAAACCGCAUUGAGUCUUUGGCUCCAAAUAGCAGAGUUAUUCGAAAAGAAAAACCUGUAGCCAAUGCUUCUGAUUUUACUACUGAAGAAUGGAAAAAAAUAAAUGAUGAUUUGACGAGCUGGAUCACAGAAAUGAAAGAAGAUGAGUAUAAAAUGCGAUAUGUUACAACUGAAGUUUUCAAGGAAAAUGUGGAAAAUUUACCACCAAUUCGUAGUUCAGAGAACCAUCUUUCCCGAAGUCAGAAUGAAACUGUAAAAACAAAGAAAAAAAAGAAAAAUAUACCAAGAGACUACAAAGAAUGGGAUAAGUUUGAUGUUGAAAAAGAAUGUUCCAAAAUUGAGGACCGGGAAGACAACUACUCUAAAACCAGCAUUAACAAUAAUAUAAAAUUACCAAAAACAGAGAUAGACACGACAGGGAUGACUACAAAAGAAAAGACAUUUGCUGCUCAUCGUGAAAAAGAAAAAGGUAAUGAAGCAUUUGUCAUAGGUGACUAUAAAGAAGCAAUUGCCUACUACAGUCGAAGCAUAUCUGCAUUCCCUACUGUGGCCUCAUACAAUAACAGAGCUCAGACAGAAAUCAAACUCCAGAACUGGCAGAACGCGCUUCAAGAUUGUGAGGCUGCAUUAAAAAUGGAACCAGAAAAUAUAAAAGCUCUUAUGCGUCGUUCCACUGUUUAUAAUAAUCUACAGAAUUUUAAAGCGGCUGCUGAAGACUUGAGAAAAGUAUUACAUAUUGAUCCAAAAAAUACCGUAGCUAAAGAAAAACUAGUAGAUAUUGAUAAGAAUCUGACAGAAUCAGAACCUAUAUCUCAGACCCAAAGCAAGGGGAAAAAAAUAGUCAUUGAAGAAAUCGAAGACUCAGAAGAACAAGAGAGAAAUGAAGGAGAAUUUGUAAAUGGUUCUGGAGAUAGAAAAACUGCAGUGCUGGUGGGAAGGGAGAGCACAAGCCAGCCAGCCGACAUGGGCAAUGUACAAAAGAAGUUCAAUAGUCGUGGGGGCACCUGGAAACCAGACCAUAAAGAAGCCCAGAAGCCCAGAGACCCUUCAGAAAAUAAUGUUAAAAAAGGUGUAUUGGAAGAAACAAUACGGGAAUCUUUGCAAGAUGAUAAAAAGGAAAUAAAUGGCUACCUGAGCAACUGUAUAAACGGAAAGGAAAUUGGGGAAGGAAAACCAAAGGAUGUAGAAUCAUCAGCGGCUGGAAAAAGCAGUUCUACUCUGCUGCCUGCUAAUGCUGCAAAACUGAAAACUGAAGGAAAUGAAUUAUUUAAGAAUGGGCAAUUUGGAGAAGCUAUGCUGAAAUACUCCAGAGCAAUUGAAAAUGUACUCAGUUCAGGAAUCCAAACUCCAGAAGAUUUAAGUAUUUUGUAUUCAAACAGAGCUGCGUGUAACUUAAAAGAAGGGAAUUGUGCUGACUGUAUUCAGGAUUGUAACAGUGCGUUGGAACUUCAUCCGUAUUCUAUUAAGCCUCUUUUACGCCGAGCAAUGGCCUAUGAGUCAAUGGAACGAUACCAACAGGCAUAUGUGGAUUAUAAAACUUUAUUGCAAAUAGAUAGUGGAAUCCAGGUUGCAAACAACAGUGUUAACAGGAUAACGAGAACCUUAAUAGAUCUGGAUGGCCCAAAUUGGAGGGAGAAGUUACCACCAAUACCUGUUGUCCCAGUUUCUGCUCAGUUACACUGGUGGGAUGGAGAAAGCUUUACUUCAGAGUCAAAACAAAAGACAACUGCAAAUACUUGCAGAAAUCAACUGUCACAGACUCCUAGUGAUAAUGCAGAAGAGAAGUUCAAGCUAUUUAAGAAUCAAGGAAAUGAAUUUGUGAAAAAGGGUAAAUAUGAAGAAGCAUUAAUGAAAUACAACGAGUGCAUAAAGCUAAAUUCACAGGAAAAGAUUAUCUACACUAACAGGGCUCUUUGUUUCUUGAAACUCCUUAAGUAUGAAGAAGCCAAGAAGGAUUGUGAUCAUGUUCUUCAGAUAGAUGACUCUAAUAUCAAGGCUUUAUAUAGAAGAGCUCUAGCAUACAAAGGUUUAGAGAACUACGAAGCUAGUAUUGAAGAUCUGAAUAAAGUUCUUCUAAUUGAUUCCGCUAUUGCUGAGGCACAGAAAGAACUGGACGAAACAACUCAACUAUUUAAACUUAGACGUGAAUUUACAGCCAACAAUCAGCCAAAGCAAAGGAAAAAAAUUGAAAUCCAAGAGGUAAAUGAACAAGAGGAAGAUGAUACAGAGACGUGUUCUUCAAAUACAGGAAUAAACCCUUGCAAUGCUAAAGAGGAGAUUGGAACAGCCAUGCCAUUGAAUAACUCAGAAAAGCUAAUCAUUUCUAAGCCAUCAAAUGCCUAUGAAUUUGGGCAGAUGAUCAACAUUGUGAAUGCCAGUAAGGACAUUGCUGCUUGUGCAGAGCUCUUAGCAAUGAUUGAGCCAAAAGAUUUGCCAGUACUACUAAGCAACAAAUUAGAAGGAGAUAUUUUUCUCAUCAUUAUUCAAGCUCUGCAGUCUGAUGUGUUCAGCCAAAACCCUAAUCUGGUAUACCAACAUCUUUUCUACCUAAGUAAAGCUGAAAGAUUUAAGGUGGUGCAGACACUUCUCGGUAAGAAUGAAAUGGAACAGGUUCAGCAGCUACUGGCUUCUCUUUCCAACACGCAAGACCAACAAUUUUCUUUGAAUGAUCUUGAGAAUCUUAAGAAAAACUUUGAACUGUAAACAGUUUCUUUUUUAAUUACUCCAUACAAAUAUGCGUAGUGUGUAUGUUCAUCUUACACCAAGGGAAAGCAAACAAAUAGUUUUAUCUGGGUUAUUUAAUAUGCUGCAUAUUUUACAUACACUUUGAUAAUCAGCUCCUUCACCUUGUAUAAGUUUUAUUGUACAAUUAUUUUAUUCAUGGGAAUGUUCCCUACUCUUUAGCACCUGCACUUAUAUCAACAAAUAGGUUAGACGUAGGACUGGGACUUGACCGACUCAUUUAGAUAGGAAAGAAAAAAAUGAAAAAUUCUCUAUAUUUGCUUAAGAAAGAGAACUGUGAGCCACAAGGACACAGUCCCAGAAAGCCAAGGAAAUAGUCUAAAAUGUUCCUUUUCUGAAGGGAUGUUAAACAAAUGAUAAUACUUAUAUGGAAAGCGUUCAAAUGGUUAUAUGUAGCUGUUUUUGUUUCAUUUUCUUCUAGUAUAGGGGAUUUUACUAAAGAAAAACCACUGUUCAAAAAUGGUGAUUGACACUGCAAUGCAAAUGUCUUUGAAUAAGCCCCAUUAAAUAAGGAAUUGUGAGUCUUAUUUUUAAGUGGGGAUGUGUUGAAAGACUAUGAAAAUGUAACCCAGUGAUAACUCUUUGUUUUUGCAGCUGGGGGAAAAAUGGACACUAUGCAUACCAAGCUAUAAUAUAUUUCAACUUCAGUUUUGCUUUCAUUUGCUGUUCCAAAUUCAUCUGGCUUACGUUGAGUAUGGCUAUCAAGAUAAUCCUCGAGUCAUUUCUUGCCUUACUUUGACAGAAUUAACAUGCUGGAGGGUUCUGAAUGUAUACAGCUGUGUGAACCUUUUAGCAGCUGGUUGCAACAGGAGAUAUUUGAAUCUCCUCUGAAUUGCUUCCAUUGAAUAUACAAAGGGAGAGUUCUCCGAGCUAGUGACUGACUGCAGAACAGCAAAUAUGAAGCCAGAUGUGUAAAAAAUGUUUUGAAGCAAUAGUUAUUAUAUUUUAAACUGAAAACUAAUUUAUUAAUAGUAUGCAAUCCAAAUUAUAUUACAGGAAAUAGUACAGAAGUACUAUUUGAUACGUUUACUAUUUUGAAUUAAAUGUUUUCUUGGAUUAGAAACUGUAAAAAAAAAUGUUAAGAGCUUAUCCACUUGAAUUAUUUCCCUUGAAGGAUUUUUGUAAUAAGGUAUUGAGCUGAUUGAUAUAAAAAUACUUGUAAUGAAUAAAUAUUUUAAAAGAAAGAUAUUGGGCAUUUAUUUUUAUUAGUUGUUAACAGCUUUUUUUUCCAGAGUGCCCCAAAAUAUUUUUGUAGGAUACUGGUUAUUCAGUUCCUGAGGUGAACAUUUGGUCUCUUUA